UUUUCUAAAAAGUUGGGCGCUUGCUCUUUGCUAUGCCACAAGUUAUGACAUGGCUCUCGUGUUGGGACGAAUUUAAUUUAAUUUUUAUUUUUUUCGGUUAAUAAAUACCAAAAAUGCCCACAAAAUGCUCACAUCUGGCCAAUGCUCCCAUUUUUACCCCCAGAUAUAUCAAAUGCUCACAAAUGUGAGCAAAUGCUCACACAUUGGUAACACUGGUGCUAAAUAAAAUAAAUAAAACAAAUUUCUGUUAAUAAAUAAUUAUUAGGAGAAUUAUUAAAAUGAACAUUGAUUACGAAGACAUUUUUGACGACGACUUAGAAAUCCUUGAAAUAAUCCAAAAUGGGAUUCCAAGGAGAGUCAUCCAGCGCAAGAAUCAUUUCAAUGAAAUGAGCCCCUAUACAUUCUUCCGCAAAUUUCGUCUUUAUAAAGACACUGCAUUGCGUGUUUUGGAACAAAUAGAGCCAGAACUUGAAUAUCCCAAUAAUAUGAACAAUAGUGUAUCUCCUAUCAACCAGUUUUUGAUUACAUUGAGAUAUUAUCCUACUGGGGGCCAUCUAAACUUUUUAGCUGAUUUUGGAGGUAUGGAUACUUCUACAGUAUCGAGAAUAAUUGUCCGAGUGUCAGAAGCAAUUGCAAGGCUUUACCCUCAAUAUAUUGAUAUGCCCCAACCACAAAAUAUUAUAGAUGAGCAAAUUAAGUUCCAUGACAUUGCUCGAUUUCCAAGAGUUCUUGGAGUUGUCGAUGGAACACAUAUUAAGAUACAAAAUCCAGGUGGAGAUGAUGGGGAAGUAUUUAGAAACCGCAAGGGUUAUUUUUCUAUCAAUACCUACUCAAGUAGUAUGUGAUGCUGAUAUGAAAUUUGUGGAUGUUGUAGCAAGAUGGCCUGGAUCUGCACAUGAUGCUACGGUCUUUAUGAAUAGUAGAAUAUGUGCACAAUUCGAAAACAGACAAUAUCGAAAUGGUUUGCUUCUGGGAGACAGUGGCUAUCCGUUACUACCAUUUUUGUUGAACCCCUCGAAAAUGCAGUCACAGACCCUCAACAAUUAUACAAUGAAUCUUUCAUCAGAAUCAGAAACAUAAUUGAAAGAGCAAUCGGAGUGUGGAAAAGUCGAUUUCCAUGCUUAGCAUAUGGCAUGCGCAUAAAAACACAAACUGCUUUGACUGUAAUAAUAGCCACUAGUGUCCUACAUAAUAUCGCUAGGGCGAUGAACGAACCAGAACCCCCUGUAUUGAAUGCAGAAAGACUGAAUUAUUUUAUCGACAUUGGUCAAAUGGAAUAUCGAGUAGGUCGUUUAAAUAUUCCAGCAGCAGCACACCCGAUUCAAAAUGAUAUUGUUAAUAACUACUUUGGAGGCAUUUAA